AUGCAACUGCAAGCCAGUUGCAUCCUUAUCAACUACAUAUCUGACUUUUUGACCCUUGUUUGGGAGAUCGAAUACCCUGUGCACACUGUCAGCAUCGACACAGAUCCUUCCCCUGCCUGGGAACACCAUUUUAGAGCUUUCCGGCUUGUAGCACUGCUCCAGCUGAGGAGAGGCAAAGACGGAGCAGACAUCCACUGCAUCGCCUUCUCUCCGGAUUCAAAAUGGUUGGUGGUCAGCAGCGACAAGGCAACCGUGCACGUGUUCAGCGUCAAUGUCGAUUUGCCAAGCCUGACACAGGAGGACAGCAAUGGUCCUGGCGGUCUCCAAGCAGCCCCGGCGCUGUCGUCUCCAGCAGUAGCUACAGCCAACAAGAGGUCGUCGUUGUCGUUCGCUGGAGGAUUCUUGCCGGGCUAUUUCAGUUCAGAAUGGUCGUCGACUCAGAUCCGCGUCCCUGAAGGCACCAAGUACUUGGUCGCGUUCGGCAGUCAGCCAAACACCGUCACCAUCCUCGGCGUUAAUGGACGCUCGUACCGGUGCCGAUUCGACCCGGAAAAAGGAGGCGUGGUGGACGUGCGGCACAAAGGGACGCCUUCUGGGAGUAUGGAACAGGACGUGGAAUGCAUCAACUUAAUGAAUCCGAGCAAGAAAACAUCUAAUUCGAAGCCAUCAUAUGGCAGCUAGCCUUGUUAUCUUUGCUUUCUUCUUCAUCUUCGUCUAUCUUAGGGAUGCAGAUUUGGAACCUCGAGGGUAUCCUUCGACCCUACUUAUAUAGUUCAACUAAAUGAACUAACUUUUCAGAAUUCACCUCACUUUUGAAAAAUUAGUUCAUUUGGUUGAACUAAAAAGGAUCAGAGGGUAUCCUUUAGGUUCCACAUUUGCAUCCCCAGUCUGUCUGAAGAGUAAUAAAUGCACUACUGUGUGCGGCCCUGCGCCAUUUUGGAACGCUGCAUGAUUUUGUUUUUGUUCAAUGCAUUUUGUUACUGUUGUUUGGUGCGUACGCACGUCUGUUUGCUAGCAGCCGGUACUUGCACUCAUGAUCAUGGUGACAACCUCCCCCACCCCGACUAAUCUGGAUCAGAUCGACCACAUCUCAUAAGUAUUCUGGGGUGCACUGUUAAACAAGGAUGUGUUCUGGGACGAGAACCAUGUAGAGGACGCGUCAAAAAAAAGAACCAU